AAAAAACUAAAAAUGACAUAUCUUUUUCACAACUAAUUUCCAAUGCAAUGUCCCUACCAUUGUAAACGACGAUGCAUACAGAAUCUUCAAGAACACAUAUUAUUUUAAAGAGGCGUGAAGAGCUAAUCAUUUGUACUUUAUUUAUAGAUGGCAGAAAUAGCUGGAUCGUCAUCCAGAGAGGAAAUCCUGAAGGAAAGUGGGCCUCCCGCCAUACUUGGACAAGGUCCCAAUGUGUGGAUAAUAGGGAGCAGCUACAUUAGACGUGGGGAAGAAAGAGCCAGACACACCAUGGGAAGCAACCUGGGUCUCAAUUGCCGUGUGUGGUGGUUUGGCAAGGGUGGUCUGAGGUGGAGGAACCUUCUUCCCUUUUUCUAUCAGUCCUUGAGAGGAAGAACAGUCCCGGAUGUCUUGCUCAUCCACGGUGGCGGCAACGACCUUGGCAACAUCAAAGGUGUGGAGCUUGUCACAGCGAUGAAGCAGGACCUGCUUUCCCUCAGUGACAACUUCUCAGAGAUGAAGAUAAUUCUAUCUUCUAUCAAUGAGAGAUGUCACUGGAGGAAAGCCAAUCCGGGAAAGCUGAACAAGGCCAGAAUGUGGGUGAACAGAGAGAUGGGUAAAUGUGUUAGUGGUUUGGGUGGAGAGAGUGUAAGGCAUCCUUGCAUUAAGUUUGACUGCCCUGGCAUAUUUCUAAGAGAUGGAGUUCAUUUCACCAAUUUGGGAAAUGAUGUGUUUUUAAGUAACCUUAAACAGUCCCUUGAGGCUACAAUCUAA